AUGCGCCCCUCCUCGCUAAUUCCCAUAACCCCCCCUCUUUUGUUUUACUCCAUUCUUGCUCACCUUCUCAUCGGCCCCCUCCUCACCUUCAUCCUUCCUCACCUCCAGUGCUCUGCUCAUCUUGCCCUGUCCAAGACGAGGCCCCCGAGGAAAUUCACUGCAAGCCCUCGUUUCUCUCUCUUCUUGAGAUUUAGCUCCACACACACUCCUCCGCCACCAGGGCUGCCAAGAAACCUCACACACAUCUACUCCCUCAACUCCCCUCUCACUGUUAUCCUCCUGCUCGAGAAGCAGGACCCGCACGAGACGGAAAAAAAAAGCAGCAGGACCCCAAAAGAACCCACCUUCACUGACUUUUUUUUCUCCCUUCUCUCCUCCUUCGCACUCCCACAUCCCUCCUGCCCUCCUCUCUGUCUCUCCCUCUCUCUGUGUAAGUCCACGGAGGCAGAGUUGGAUGUGAGAGGCAGUGAGUGCGACACAGUCCCACAAGAGCCCAGCACAGACCCGGAGCCGCCCAGGCCACCUCCAGCUAAGGCUAACGGACCCACAGGCACCGCUGGCGUUUGCACGAGCAUCCCCUCCAGUAGCCACAGUAGCAGCACCACCAGCAGCAGCAGCAGCAGCAGCAGAAGUGGUCUGGGUGGCAUUAGCAUCGUUAGCAGCAGCGCUGAGGGAGCAGGCGAAAGCUCCAUGCAGUUCAGCACCAGACCGCCUAGUGCUGAGCAGCCGGGCUUCAUGGGGACAUGGCAGCAGCAGAGCACUGACAGCAACCUCCUCUACAGAAUGUCCCAGCAGGGUGCUGUAACGCGGCUUCCUUUGAAGUGCGACAGGUCGACUAUGGGCCGAGACCUGGAAGAGGCCAUUCGCUGCACUCUGGUGAACUGCACAUGUGAGUGUUUCCAGCCAGGGAAGAUUCACCUACGAACAUGUGACCAGUGCAAGCACGGCUGGGUAGCUCACGCUCUGGACAAGCUCAGCACCCAGCACCUGUACCACCCGACCCAGGUGGAGAUCGUUCAGUCCAAUGUGGUGUUCGACAUCAGCAGCCUGAUGCUGUACGGCACCCAGGCCGUUCCCGUCAGGCUCAAGAUCCUUCUGGACCGCCUCUUCUCCGUGCUGAAGCAGGAAGAGGUGCUGCACAUCCUGCACGGCCUGGGCUGGACCCUCCGAGACUACGUCAGGGGCUACAUACUGCAGGAUGCUGCAGGCAAGGUGCUGGACCGCUGGACCAUCAUGUCCCGAGAAGAGGAAAUCAUCACCCUGCAGCAGUUCCUGCGCUUUGGUGAGACAAAGUCCAUUGUGGAGCUGAUGGCCAUUCAGGAGAAGGAAGGUCAGGCAGUUACAGUUCCCUCCUCCAAGACAGACUCCGGGAUUAGGACAUUCAUUGAAAGCAACAAUAGAACCCGCAGCCCGGGGCUCCUGACACAUCUGGAAAAUAGUAGCCCAUCCAGCAUUCACCAUUUCGAAAAUAUCCCCAACAGUUUAGCCUUCCUCCUGCCCUUCCAGUACAUCAACCCAGUCUCUGCCCCCAUGCUCGGCUUGCCUCCCAAUGGCCUGCCUAUGGAGCAGUCUGCUCUCCGCCUCCGGGAGCCCAGUCUGCCAAACCAAGGUGAACAGGUGGAGACCAGUGAGUCAGAAGUGUCUCUGUCACCCUUCCGUACAGGCCAGAGCCCCAGCCGUGGAACCCUGGGAGGAAUGAGCAACAACAUUGAACCCAAGACAGAACCCAACAACAGGGCAUCCCCCAUCUCACCCACACCUUCCACUCAGCAGGCUCAGCAACAACAGCAACAGCAGACACAGCUCCAGCAGCAACAGCAGCAGGGCCAACAGCAGUCCCAAAAUCAACCUCAGCAGCCCAACAGCUUGAGCGACCACCAGGUCCACCACCACUUUGUAAAGGACGAGCCCUCUAAAACCAUCACUCAUGCUUCCUUUUCCUCCAAAAUGCAUCGCAUGCGCCGCAUGGGAGCCACCUCUCGCAAGGGUCGUGUGUGCUGCAACUCUUGUGGCAAAACCUUUUAUGACAAAGGCACACUUAAGAUACAUUAUAAUGCUGUACACUUGAAGAUAAAACACCGUUGCACCAUUGAGGGCUGCAAUAUGGUCUUCAGCUCACUACGCAGCCGCAACCGCCACAGUGCCAAUCCAAAUCCACGGUUGCAUAUGCCUAUGCUGCGCAAUAACCGUGACAAGGACCUCAUCCGUGCCAAUUCAACCCCCGGUACACCUGUCAUCUCAAGCACCAAGAAUGGUGGCUUUACACUCACCAGCCCAGGAAGGCCUCCACUGGGCUUCACGACUCCACCAGUAGACCCUAUGCUUCAGUCACCCCUGCAAAGCCCAUUGGUGUUCCCCACCCUGAAGUCAGUGCAGCCAGUCCAACCAGUUCCCCCAUUCUACCGUACACUUCUGUCCCCUGCGGACCUUGUCAGCCCUCCAGUGUCACUGCCCACCAGCCCCAUCCUGCCCACAACCACCAACAGCACCACACUGAUGGACCAACAACAACAGCUCCUGGCUGCUGCAGCUGUGGCUUCACACAAUAAUGUUCACAUGUCAGAGGCGGGACCCAUGUCCCACCGCGUACAUACACAGAGUGCCAAUCACGACCUCAACACUGGCAGCAUAGACCCCACGCCUAAAAAGAAGCCACGUAAAUCUAGCAUGCCAGUGAAGAUUGAAAAGGAAGUAAUUGAUGUGGCGGAUGAAUAUGACGACAAAGAUGAUGAUGACGAUGAUAACCUCCACCACAAUCACCACCAUCACCAGUCAUCCCUUCUUCACAAUAAUAUCAAAAUGAAUGGUAACUGUAACAGCAACAACAAUAGCGGCAGUGGUACCGGGAAUCACAGUGGCGGUAGUGGGCAGCAAUCCCCUUCCCAGGAUGAGAUGAGCCCUGGCCUAGCUCUGAGAGGCAUGAUGAGACAGAGUGAAGAUGAAUGCCGGGAAGGGACUGGUAGUGACAGCAGGGGUGGAAAUGAUCUUCAAGGCUCUGGUGAACUACGUUGUAUGGACAGCUUCACCUCUGAGGAGCAGGACCAUGAGAGAGACUUUGAGAAUGAGUCUGAAACCUCCGACUCCAAGAUGUUCUACCGCGAUGAGCUGAUAGAUGUGGAAGAACAGCAAAAACACAUCAGGAGUGGAAGGGGUCUGGACAAGGAACAGGAUGAUGAGGGUGGUGAGGAAGCCCAUUUGAAAAAGGAGAUGGAAGGCAAGGGGCAUUCCUCGCCCUCCCCUCAUCAGCCCCCUAUCAAAAUCAAGGAGGAACUCAACGAUCCUACUUACGACAUGUUCUGCAUGGGCCAGUAUGGCCUCUACAACGGAGGCAUGGCCGCCGCCGCCGCCGCCGCAAGUAUGGCUGCUCUGCACGAGAGCUUCAUCUCCUCGAUGGGCUAUGGUUCCAGCCCACCCAAAUUCCCUUCUUCUCAUUCACCAGAGGGUGACCCGUGCUCAAGUCCCGACCCCAAGAUCUGCUACGUAUGUAAGAAGAGCUUCAAGAGCUCCUAUAGCAUGAAACUGCACUACAAGAAUGUGCACCUCAAAGAGAUGCAUGUGUGUACUGUGGCUGGCUGCAACGCUGCCUUCCCUUCCCGGAGGAGCCGAGACAGGCACAGCUCCAACAUCAACCUGCACCGCAAACUGCUGACCAAAGAGCUGGACGACAUUGUCCUGGACCCCCAACUCACGCCACUGCCCAAGGACCUGCGAGCCGAGUUACUGGCCAAGAUCUACGCCGGGCACCACAUGGGCUUGGACCCUAUGGCCGGGAUGGGCAUCGGAGGCGCCAGCCUCGGGCCCACUGGCCUGAACGACAGUCUCCGUUCCCCCAUGAGCAUCGAGUAUCCCCACCACCCUCUCAACCAAAACCUUAAAAACCACCACACCAACGGCUUCUCCCGGGGCCAGCCAGACGACUACAUGGUGCUGGACCUGAGCACCACAUCCAGUGUUCAAUCCGGCAGCAGUGUCCACUCCUCACACGAGUCAGAUGAGGGCAGCGAUGAAGGCAUCCUACUGGAUGACCUGGAGGAGGAGGAGGGAGAAGAGGAUGAGGAGGAGGGCAACAGCGAGGGGGAGGACUACUCCCAGCGUGCCGAGGGGCGGGCUGAAGGGGGGCAUCGGGAUGAGACUGGAGAACUAAGAGGAGUGGGACACGGCGAGGGGUUGGAUCCUUCCUCCUCACCAUUCCUCCUUUCGUCCACCGGGGGCAGUAACUGUGGCAGCGGUGGGAUCCUCUGCAACAUCUGCCACAAAAUGUACAGCAACAAAGGGACCCUGCGUGUGCACUACAAGACUGUGCACCUGCGCGAGAUGCACAAGUGCAAAAUCCCUGGUUGCAACAUGGUGUUCAGCUCUGUGCGCAGCCGUAACCGACACUCUCAGAACCCCAACCUCCAUAAAAACAUGCCCUUCUCUACAAUAAUAGACUAAAUAAUGACUUGCUACUCUACCCUGCUGUCAGCCUGCCCGCUCCUCCCUUCAUUCCUCAUCCUUAUUCCUCCUCAAAUUAGCUUUUAACCCGAGCCCAGGGCCAUCAAAUACAAGCUCAAUGCCUGUAUGCCUCCUGCCCGUCCUCUGUAAGUCAUUGCAAGACAUUUCUAUGUCCCUCUAUAAAAUCCAUCGACUCUAAAUACAGUUUAUUAUCGUGACCUUUGACUUUUCCUUCUUUGGAAGAACAGGAUGACGCUCUUCAGCAUGGAGUUUGCUUUAUAACAAAACUCCGGUUGUUUUUGUCGUAAGCCCCUCCAUCUUUUCCUUUCAAACGUCUCUCCACUUUGUUUUUCUGUCCGUCUCCAAAGAAUCUAUUCGAACUCUUAUUUGUGACUUUGCCUGCAGAAAUGAUAGUAUUGAGAAAAAAAAGAAAAAAAAAAGAAAAUCUUGUUGUAUUUGUGUAAUGAUAGCUUUUAAAUGAACCCCUUACAAAAGCAUGACAGCUUCAUUUGUAAAUAAUGUCCCAAGAGGCUUUUGGUGUAAAAGAGUUGUGUUGAUGGUUGUUUGCUUCUUUUUUCUCUCUCUUUAUGGUUUUAUGUUACAGCCCAGUACAAUACUUCCAGCUAUAGGCAAGACAGAGGUAGCAUCUUACUAGCUUGACUCAUUUAUGUUAGCUUCAAAGACACGUUUUAAACUGAGUCCUAGGAAAAAAAAGAGUAUCAUGUGGCUUGUUUUAUCUACUUGUUAGAUAUUCAGAGGUUGCCGGCAUGCUUUUUCAGGCUCCUACACUGAUAUCAUUCUCUGUAUUUCUAUUGAUUUUUUUUUUUCUGUCUGUUAUGUUUAUGAGCUUUAGUAUACCGAUUCAGUUUUUGCACUUUGCAUCUAUACAAGGGGAUGUGUAAUAUUAUUAUAAUGAGGACUUUUGCAAUGGUAAGUUUAGGUGUUGUUUGGGGUCGUUGACGGCUACAGUGCCGAGGGAAAUGACAGUACCUUCAAAAUACUUGUGCCAGUUUCUUUUGCACGUGCUCAGUUUCAAAACACAGUUUGACAACAUCCUGAGAUCUCCCCCCCGUCGCUAAACAAGGUAUUCAGAAAGCGUCUCCAAAGUGUCUCGCGUCAGAACGAGUCCGGGCGUGAAUACAAACAGCUGUUUCACAAACACUGAGGCGCUAGAUAUUGACAAAGUCUCUCUUCCUCUUUUUUGUUUAAGGAGCAAUUUUUGUACGGUUGCCUGUUCUGAUCACAAUAAUAACACCAGAGGUUUGGUGGGGUAAUCUGUGUAAAGCAUGACAUUAUUGUGACGUUUGUCAAACCAAUGUAAGAACUCAUCUUACUGAAAUAUGACUGUCCCCUGGAUUUGAAAAAAAAAAAAAAAGAUGAUAAUAGUCCUUCAACUGUGACCAAAACAACAGUGUUUGCUAAAGAAAACCCCUUUCAGUGUGACAUUGUACUUAAACCAUGCCCCAUUGGAUUAAUAUGAUGCACUUGAGUCUUAAAUCUUUUGCUGUGAUAUUUUCGGUAUCGUUUUCCGUUGCUGAGUGUCGGCUACAAGUGUGCUCUACGAAACGCUUUCGUGGCUGCCGGUUGCAGCCGUUUUUAACAUGCCCAUGACUGUCUCACGGUACAAACAUUUCCAGAAACUGGGCAAAAGUAGCCACGGGAAGGGGUAUUUAUUGGUGGGUGAUGUAUCUUCAUGGAGAUGUUUUUGUCCAGUAUGAGAAUAUUUUUUGUAAAAAGACAAAAAAUAGAGAUUGUUCCUCAGUUUGACUUCUUUAUCGAUGUAUUAGCAAUGCCAUGUGUUACUAUACAAGGAGAUCUUCUCUUCUACUUGACUGGUGCUACACACAGAGGGAAGAAUAUGCAGUGUUAUGUGGUGUGCUGUACAGUAUUCACAACACCCUACAUCCAUAACAGUGUUGAGUUCCAUUUGUUUCAUCCUUCAGCCGUUUUGCAAUAGAGACAUGACCUAUUCUAGUGGAAUACUUCAUGUCCUUUUUUUUUAAGACUCCACCUAUAUGACACAUGCAGUUUUCAGUCCUCUCUUCUCAGAGAUAAAGAGAGUGAGAAAGAGAGCUGAGGCUGAUGGAAAGGUUGCGGAGGUGGAAGGCUGACUAGGGAGGAAAGGAUGACAGCAACGAUCAUUAAAAAUGUGCUGCUUCUCCGUUACCUGGAGGCGUCCCUGCCAUUCCAGCUCCUUCUGUCUAAUAACUCACUUGUCACCUCGUUUCACUGCCAGACGCCGAGGUUGCUGACGAGACUGUGACACUGACAGGAGGAGAAAAAGAAGGAGCGAGGCUGUGUGCUCUGAACAAUUCAAUUUGACUCAUUCAAUUUAGCUGAAUUCAAUUCAGCUCGUCAUUUUCUGCGUGUGCUUAUUCUUAUUCGGGGUCGCUGAUAAUUCAAUUCCUUUCUCUCAUUCUGUUUUUUUUUUUCUUUGCAGUCAUUUAACAACCGCCUUACCCAUUUCUUCAGCCCGCCACUCACUUACCACCUCCACACCCCACAGCGCAGGUCCUACAGGGACACACACUAAUAGUGUAUGCUUAAGUUCACUGGACGGCCAUGGCAUAGGAAAAAGGGAUGGGUAAUUGCCUGUUUAUCCCAAGUGAAGGGAAAAUUGAGUACAGGAACCCCUGCCUUCUCCCAGGAGUGGGUUUCACUGAGGCGCUUGCUGCCUCGUUCGCUCAUUCAAUCCCCCCGGCCCUCGCUCUGGCAGAAAUAAAAAAGUGCUACUCCAGGAACCCUGCUGACAGCUGUCUCUCUAACACACAACCAUAGAGACGCACGCACAUGCAUGCACACGGAGGAGAGUGGCGCACACUCACAUAUGCUUCCUAGUUACAGGCCUAGAAGGAUGACAAGAACUAGACGACUUGUUAACCUUUGGUGAUGAAGGAGACGGGGGCAGAGAAAAACAGAGCGCAUUCUCCGCGCAGGAAAUGAACCUCUCCAUCCUGCAUUGAUGUCAUAGCUGCUGCCACGACAUAGAAAGCUAACAUUCCAUUAUGGAGAGCGGUGUGAGCUAGCUCUUAUUAUCGUUGUUUCAUUUAAUAAGACCGGCAAACUCACAGACCCCACGUAUCAAACGUUAUGGUAAUAUAAAUGUGCUCUGUCCAAUCGCGUCUCUGCCCUUCUUGAGCUGAAAGUUUUUUUAGACUCAAAAAAAUUCUUUAUGUCCCGUUUCUCCAUUUCUCGAGCAGCAGCUGCAGUGCAUGACCUCUCUAGAAGUGUACUGAAUAUCAUAGAAGAGAUUCUCUUACAACACCAUUCUCCUACCUCCUACGGGCUCCUUCUGAGCCCCGCAUGGUGCUGGUCAUGGCAGCAGAGCUCAGAGCUGCAAGAGGCUGGAAAGAGAGCUGAGAAAACAUGCAAACGACUGUCCAGCACGGCCAGGCAGACAGACGGCGAGAGGGAGCAGGCAGCCACGGUGGAAAGGGAUCGGGCUUAGAGAGCGGUCUGGCUGCAGCCUCGCGGCGGUCACUUAACAAGGCAGGGGAGAGAGUGAGGAACACAGGGAGAGGAGGGAGCAAGAGAGCAGCAGGGCCAGGACUCCCCAGGACUCAUCGCCAGCUUUCUUCUUGAUUGCCUGCUGGAGAGCGAUCGAGCCACCCCUCACAUUUCCACCCCUCUCCUCUGAGAAAUGACCACCAAUUUCCCCCCUCUCCUCUGAGAAAGCCCCCAAUCCAAUCUUUGUCUUUUUUUACUUCUCCAGCCACAUCGGCCCUGGUGCAUUCUGCAGCCUCGUGCCCGGGCCGCCGAUCCGCAGUCACUUAGAGCGCCUCCUCGGCCCACCAGAGUGAAUUUUUAAUAUUUGAUUAGACGAGCGUCCGGCAUCAAUUAUUCUGUAAUUCUACAUCGCACGCAGAGGGUGAAGGGUUGAAGCGUCUGACCUGUUAAUCACUGUCCGUUUUGUUCAUGUCACACAGCGAGUGAGUGAGUACGAUAGGUGCGAGCAGAGAGGAUGAGAGGAGACACUGCAUGCAAACCCGUCCAGUCGAUGUAGCUCGUGGAACAAAGUGGGAUUCAAAUGUUUGACGGGACAUCGUACAAAAUAUGCAGAUAGAAGAAAAAUACACAUCUACGUGGGUUUGUAUAGAUGCUUCAGUCUCAUGUGUUACGUUCUAAAAGAUAAUACCCUCAUUGAUUUGAACUGGAACCUGUGAAAUGUCAAUUAUCCUGAAAAAAAAAAAAUACUGUAAAUUCAUAUAAUGUUUUCCAUUGUGCCAAUUAUAUUUUACAGUCUUAAAA